UGUGUGUGUGUGUGUGUGUGUGUGUGUUUGUGUGCGUGUGCGUGUGUGUGUGUGUGUGUGUGUUCCAGGGCAGUGGGCUGUAUUUUCGGGGAGCUGCUGAACUCGUCUCCUUUGUUUCCGGGAGAGAACGACAUUGAACAGCUGUGUUGUGUCCUCCGAGUCCUGGGGACUCCAACCCAGGAUAGCUGGCCUGAGAUCGUGGAUUUGCCAGAUUACAACAAAAUCACCUUUAAGGAGAAUCCCGCAAUCCCAUUGGAGGAGAUCGUCCCUGACACCUGCCCUCAGGCCGUGGACCUGCUCUACAAGUUCCUGGUCUACCCGUCCAAGCAGCGCUGCUCCGCCAGACAGGCUCUCCUCCACCCGUACUUCUUCUCCUCUCCUCUUCCUGCUCACCACUCAGAGCUCCCCAUCCCUCAGAGGGGGGGCCGACCCCCCCGCCAGCGCCUGCAGGCUCCGCCCACCGACUUCUCCGUGGACCUGCCCCUGCAGAACAGUGUGGUAGACCCCGCGCUGCUGCAGGGACACGCCUCCUGCAUCUGAAGGACCCCCCCCGACCGACCAAUCACCUUCCUCCUUCUGGGACUCACACCUUUUAUGUUUUAUAAAUUAAUGUAU